AUGACACGAGUGCCCUUUGGGGCUGCCUCCAGCCCGUUCCUCCUCGCGGCCACCUUGCAGCACCAUUUCAGAUCUGUCAGCCAUCGUUACCCAGCCACUGCUGCACGACUUUCCACCAGCUUUUACGUGGAUGACUUGGUAGUCGGGUGCAGGGAUGUCGCAGAAGCCCAGACGUUCUACAAGGAGACCAGAGCCAUCUUGCAAGAGGCGGGGAUGGACAUUCGGAAAUGGGCGUCAAACUCCCCUGUCCUUCAAGAGAAAUAUCUGAAUGAUGGAAUCGCACACGACAACGUCUCUGAACUGGGGUCUGUUCUUCGUAUACUCGGUGUGCCGUGCGACAGAGAAUUCGACGAGAUCUGGGUCCCCGCGCGGUCCGUCCAGGCCUUCGCUAAAGACGCCCCUUCCACUAAACGGGGGGUACUGCAGGUUUUUUCUCGACUGUAUGACCCUUGGGGUUUCCUCUUUCCAUUCGCCAUUACAGCGCGCCUACUGUUCCAGACUUUAUGGAAGGAAAAAUGGCCUUGGGACUCCCCUCUAGAGCCACCACUGCUGGACGCGUGGCACGCAUGGGUGAACGAUCUGGCAACUCUCUCGGAGGUACGGCAGUCAAGAUGGGUACUCGGAUCCCAGCACAGCUUGCUCGAUCUUCAAGUAUUUGCAGACGCAAGCCCACGGGCGUACGGUGUCGUAGUGUACGUUCGCAGUCGAACAAGCGACGGCCGCAUCAAGGUUUCCUUGCUCAUCGCCAAGGGUCGCGUUGCUCCACUGAAGCCUCUAACAUUACCGCGACUAGAGCUUCUCGGGUGCCUACUCGCUGCGCGCAUUUUCUGUCGCAUCAUCAGUUCCCUGCCCAUCGCAGCACUCCAGGCCACCUUCUGGACGGACUCUACAAUAGCUUUGCACUGGGUCAAGAAUGACACUGACAAGUGGCCGCCGUUUGUAGCAGCCCACACAACCGAGAUACGACGGCUGACAAACCCGCAACAAUGGUCCCAUUGCGAAGGCAAACACAAUCCCGCGGAUCUGCUAACCAGAGGCGUAUCCGCGAAGGCUCUGCUCGACAGCCAGCUGUGGUGGUCAGGUCCGCGGUUGCUAUCGCAAGAGUUCGACUCAGCGGCUGCUCCCGUGGUUGAUGCAGAGGUCUUUCCGACGGAAGAAGUUUGCUGUGUGGCAGUCGCGACAAGAUUGGACCUCCCGCUGCGGUUGGCCGAUUACAGUUCACUGAAGCAUAUUCUAAGGCGUACGGCUCACGUGCUCAGGUACAUCCACAAUCUGCGCUACCCGCAGUCAAGGACGACAGGUCCACCUUCUGCAGAUGAAUUGACGUCAGCCGAACUCGUCUGGGUACGCAACACGCAAUCACAAGCGUUUCCUGAGGAGGUGGCAGCACUUCAAAGAUCCGCGCCAGUAUCGCGCACCUCUACCCUACUGACCUUGCAGCCCUUCCUCGAUGAGACUGCCGUGCUUCGCGUAGGAGGCCGGCUCCAGCAAAUGGACGACUCCAUCGAUAUUCGUCACCCGAUUCUCCUCCCGUCGAAGCACCGAUACAGUGUUCUGAUAAUCCUGGACACGCACGAACGUUUCCAUCAUGCGGGAGUUCAAGACACCCUCAGCGAAUUACGUCAAAUGUACUGGAUCCUCAAGGGUCGUCAAACAGUUCGCCGCACGCUGCACACUUGUCUUCCAUGCAAGUACAGACGGCUGUCACCCGAAACCGCACCAGUGGCCCCGCUGCCUAGAGAAAGAAUCACGCAGACUCAUCCGUUUGAUGUUGUGGGAAUUGAUUUCGCCAGCCUUUCUACGUCUCGCAUGCCGCACUUCGCGAACAAAAGGCCUACAUUGUUGUCUUCACAUGUGGUGUCACACGCGCCGUUCACCUUGAACUUGUACAUCAGAUGUCCACCGAGCGGUUUUUAA